AUGAAUAGCAUGAAAAGUUUGGAGCAUUUUUGGAACAAAUCUCAAAAUUCAUCAAACUUUUACUCUCCAAACUCUAAACCUAUUAGUGAAUACAUAGAGGAUAAAGAAGACAUCGAGUCACCUAAUGUCAUCCAACCUCCACUUAAAAGCAAUCCACAAGCACAUGGAGCAAGUACUUCAAAUGUUGGUUUUUAUGAUCGCGUAUACGAUGUUGAACUUCUUACACAUGAUCCCGGAAAAAGAAUUCCAAUAUUGGGUGUACCAAAAAAUGAUCAAGAUGUCGUGAGGAGAGGAUAUAUUGCCAAGAAACGUUGUGACCCACGUACUCAUAAUUUCCCUCAACGAUCAAUUGGAGGUAUGCGUCACUUUGAUGUUGAUUGGUUUGAUAAGUAUGAAUGUCUUGAAUAUAGUGUUGAGAAAGAUGCGGCCUUUUGUUUUGUGUGCUACUUGUUUAAGGACAAAACUACAUCCCCGGGUGGUGAUACUUUUGUUGUAUUAACUAAUGCUCCUGGAAACAAUCAAAUGAUUGCUCCAUUCAUCCAAAAAGACCUUAUAAACUCUUGUGCCAACGAGACCACUAUGCUACUUAUAGAGGAUCUUAAUGGUGGGAUAGGUGAAAGGUUUCUUGGAAUUGUACAUGUUGGGGAUACCACUGCUUUAACAUUAAAGUUUGAAAUUGAAACUUUGCUUAAGGAGAAUUCAUUGAUUUUGUCUAGAGUUUGUGGACAAGGUUAUGACAGGGCUAGUAACAUGGGGGGUGAGAUAAAUGGUCUAAAAAAUUUGACCAUGAAUGAUACGAAAAAGGCUUAUUAUGUUCAUUGUUUUGCUCAUCAACUUCAAUUGACUCUUGUUGUUGUUGCUAAAGAAAAUGAUGAUUGUAUUUGGCAUUUUUGA